AUGGAGGUGGAGAAUAAGCAGAUCAUAUUCAAAGGGUACAUAGAAGGACCUCCAAAAGAAACAGACAUGGAGUUCAAGGUUGGGAAGAAGAUUAAACUUGAAGCUCCAAAAGGGUCAGGCGCAUUCUUGGUCAAGAAUCUUUACUUGUCUUGUGAUCCUUAUAUGCGUGGCCGCAUGCGGGACUUCCAUGGCUCUUAUAUCCCUCCUUUUACCCCUGGUUCAGUUAUUGAAGGAUUUGGUGUCUCCAAAGUUCUGGAUUCUGAUAAUCCAAAGUUUAAGCCUGGUGACUUGGUCUCAGGACUUACUGGUUGGGAAGAGUACAGUUUAAUUUACAGAACCGAGCAGUUGAGGCUAAUUGAGCCAAAUGAUAUCCCGCUUUCAUAUUAUUUGGGCCUCCUAGGUAUGCCUGGUUUCACUGCCUAUGCUGGAUUUUAUGAGGUCUGUGCUCCAAGAAAGGGCGACUACAUUUUUGUAUCUGCUGCCUCAGGAGCAGUUGGCCAGCUUGUUGGUCAACUUGGUAAGCUGCACGGAUGCUAUGUUGUCGGAAGUGCUGGAUCAAGUAAAAAAGUUGAUCUUCUAAAAACCAAGCUUGGGUUUGAUGAGGCUUUCAACUACAAAGAGGAAAAAGACCUUGAUGCAGCUUUGAAAAGAUACUUCCCAGAAGGCAUCGAUAUUUACUUUGAUAAUGUAGGUGGAGAUAUGCUUGAUGCUGCACUUCUAAAUAUGAGGAUUCAUGGUCGGAUUGCAGUCUGUGGGAUGGUUUCUCAGCAUAGCACUUCAAAUCCACAGGGGACACAAAAUCUUUUUUCCCUAAUAACCAAACGAAUAACAAUGAAAGGAUUUUUGCAGAGUGAUUACCUUCAUUUAUAUCCUCGUUUUCUGGAAGAUGUAAUCAGUUUAUAUAAGCAAGGGAAGAUCGUUUAUAUAGAGGACAUGAAUGAAGGCCUGGAAAGUGCUCCUGCGGCUUUUGUUGGACUGUUCGCUGGAAACAAUGUCGGCAAGCAAGUUAUUAGAGUAGCCGCUCUAUGA